GAGGACAUGUUCACGCUCACCUCAAGCUCCGAUUUGACACGCGCGAGGCACGACGACACCGGCGGAUAUCUCGGCGCGUGUACCCAGUUUAAACUGGGCAGACUUCGAUAAAGAACAAACGAGGAGCAUCCUAAACGAUCCAAGGCCACCUUGAAGAUGCUACUCAAGACAUGUCGAGAACUCGGGCGGGAAGAUGGUGGUGGAUGCAAAGCGCAGGGCGUCUAUUUCGCUGAUAUCCUGAAACAAUACACAUCCCGCACGCAGGAACUUGAAGAAUUCGUGCAGUGCUGCCGCUCCAAGGACGUCGCGCUCAUGGCUUACUCCGCACCAGACGCUUCCAAUUUGCCGCUGCUCGUGAACCCGGUCGUGCUCGGAUUUACAGAGGUGUACUGCGUCAGCGGCCCCGCAAGCAUGCUCGUCUCGUUCCAGGCGACCCCUAACGCUGCGGUCACAGUGCUUAUCAAGUCAUUCAAGCCCAGGCGCGGUGUUCAAAACUUCAAACUCAUCAUUAACGCGGAGAUUGCAGAGCUUCCGAAUGCCGCGCGACACUCGACGCGUGGUACCCCUAGUGGACCAGCCAUGACAAUAUCAGCUCCCCCGACCUCCGUGCGUCGGGUCUCCCGCAAGACUAGAGUUUAUUCAAUGUAUUAUGGGCUGCGCGCAUAG